CAUGAAGUAACGAAAUUGGCUAUAUUAUGAAGGCGAUUUUAAUGCUCGAGAAACGUGGCUAUAAAUAAUACCUGCAAUGCACAAAAAUGUGGAUUAUUCUUGGAACGGAUUUGAUGUUAUCUCGUAGAUAGCGUUCGUUGAAGGAACUUCUACAGGCAAGCUUAAGUGGUACAUUAUUACAAUGUAUAAUGUACAUAUAAAACAUAUUGUUUAGCCUUAUUUCAAUCGAUUAUAAAUAUUUGUGUUCUAAUACACAUAUCUGAGAUUUGAUUCUAUGAUAUUUAUUACAUAAUAUAUAAUUAUCUAAUGCUCACUGUACAUUAAAAAUUUUGACUACGAUGCAAAGAGAAAUUUGCGGAUGAUAACUUGUAUAAUUUAAUGUUAAACAAAGAUUUUAUAAAAUUAUACUUAUGGGUGUCUCAAAGAUGCUUAAACGUCUCUUAUAUACGAAUUUUGUAUUAUGUGGUUCAAAGGCUAUAGGAAUUUUGGCACCUUUAACGAUACCUCCUUUACACAUAGCUUUUUUAUAUUAUUUCUGGCAAGAGUAUGCUCGUGAUGUUGAUAAACAAUAUUGUUCGUGUUCAUGCUGGGAUACAGUGUUUAAAGGGUCUUAUGAAUCAGGGAUUGCCUCUUACAAACAUAUGUACUUUAAUGCUACUAUGAAUAGUUUAAAAAUAUGGAUAACCAUAGUCAUUGGAAUUGUUACUUUCUAUGAAACAGUUAAGUACUUGAUAUGGCUGGCGUUUCAACAGCGCCUCAGACUUAGUAUGAUGUUACUUUUUUCGACUGCUGUUUUCUCACAUUAUUACUCAUGGUGGGUGUAUAUUAAUUAUUGGAACGACGAUUUCUACUCUCAGUGGUAUCAUCAACUAUUUUUUUCUAUCACUGAGUUAAUAUCAACCUUCCUGGUUGUUCACUUGGCAGACAAAAAAAAUCUUUUAACUCAUAGAAAAGCAUUUGGAAUAAUUGCAAUUGCAAUUUUGCACAUUGUAGCUGGUGGUUGGGAUCAGUUUGUUGCAAAUGUUGUAAGAGGAGAAGGAUAUGCUCAUCAGGUUGUACGAGAUUUGGGAUUUAUGAUCCCUGAUAUUCUUCAUGUCGCUGUUCCUCUGUGGUCCAUGCAGUGGAAGAAUGCUUAUAAUCUUCCAGGAUCUAGUACACGUGAUCCUAGCAUUAGAAGAGAUCUUGCUUAUAUGUUAGGCAUGAUAUUAAUAGGAUUGUGUGUUUGUGCCAUUUUAUAACAUGGUAAAUCAAACUUCAAAACAUGGUAGUGUCUUAAAAGUUAGGAAAAAUAUCUUAAUUAUUUAUAUAUUUUCAUUGCUUUUUAAAAGGGCUUUUUAAAAAUUCAUAGCUUUAAUAUUUAAUGUUUUAAUUGAAAGUAAUGGCACUAAUUGUGAACAUUCAAGUAAUGGUUAAAGUAAUACUAUUACUUAUUUCAUUGAAAAUAUCAUAUUUUUGAUGUUUGACUGAAACUUUACAAUGUAGCUUUAAUAGUGUGUCUGUAGGGUAUGUAGAAAAGACAUCCAAAGACUUUAAAUCAAAAUAAUUUGAAAUAUUUUGUUUAUCUCAAUAGUACAAAUUGCUACAUUAAUUUAUUUUCUUUCCAAGUAGUAUAUAGAUAAACGCUUUUUAGUUUAGUAGAAAUAUAAGUGAUAUAUAGUUUAGUAGAAAUAUGAAUGACACAAUAUGUGACUUCCAAAGAUUGUGUUUUUACCCUUUUAACAUAUCAUAAUAACAUUAUUUAUAUAGAAUUUUUCUAAUUUAAACGUAGUCUGAAUAUUUGAUAUAAGAAACUUAAAAAAAAACAUUUCUUAUUUAAUUAAUACAAUAUCUUUUAACUUGGAAUAAAACAUAAUUUUUGAAAUGGCUAUAAAUGUAGUUAAAUGAAUAUAAUAUGACAAGUACGAUUGCAUUAAAAAAUAUCUUAAUGUUUCGAGUUAUCACAAGAAUUUACCUCACAUUGUUAGUAUUUUUAUAAUAUUUCGUCCCUCUAUAUAUCUUAAAUGAUAGUUAAAUAUUACAUUGGCAAUGUGCUAUUUUGUAGACAAAUCUAGAAUGAACAGUGAAAAUUGUUUAUAAAAUUAUAGAUGUAUUUAUUGCACGAUAAGUGUGGCUAUAUUUAUAGUAAUUAGUAUAAUCAUAAUUUUAAAAGGACGAAAAUGUCAAUUUAGAAAUGAUAUCAAGGGAUGACAUAUCAACACAUAUCCAUUUAAUAUGCUGUUGAAGAUAAGAAAAUAGAGUAAAUUCAAAGUGAAAUAAUUGGCAUUUUAUUGAACAUAAUAUUUGAUAAAAAGGCUUAAUAUUUGAAGUGCCUAACAACACUAUGCAGUAACUAUAUCGAUUACUGUUACUCAUUGUCGGUAUAUCGAGUGCCAGAAUGAUAAUGUAAGUUUGUCUUAUAUAUAAGUGCCAAGACAAGAAUAAAAUGAAAUAUAAUGCAACAAACGUGAAGUGAAAAAAAGAAAUUUUUGUAAUGAAAAAUAUAAAAAUUAUAAGUCGUACAUUUUAUCGUAAAUAAUAAGAUUUUUACUGAUAAAUCGUUUUCAUUCACCAUUUAGUAUUUUUUUACAUAUUAAAAAAUAAUUAAACAUUUAAUGCGUUAUAUUCAUUUAUAAAUGAUGAAUAUAUUUUUCGUGAUAACUUUACAAAAAUUCAUUUACGAUUAUAAUUCUAAUAAUUUCUUUUUAUUAUUAUAUUAUUAUAUUAUAAUAUUAUUUAAAAGCAAUUGUACGUAAUAUUUAAUUGAUUAAUCUAUCUACAUUAGGUAUCUCUAGAAAGUAUAUAUAUUAUUGAAACUUGAAACGAAAUAAAUAUUCUAAUGUUGUUAUUGUAAUUGUUAUUAAAAUAGAAUCUUACGAAAAAAUAUCUCAUAGUAUAAAUAAUAAAACUGUAAAAGAAAUUUUAAUAGGAAAGGAUUGAAUGAAAAACGGUGAAUCUUUAAGAGAAAGAAAAAUAAAAAGGAAUUUCAUUAUAUAGUAUUAUUAUAUUAGAAAACACAUCUCUAAAGUAUUAUUUUUUGUUAUACACGAAAAAAAUUAAUUUAUAAAAUUGGCAAUUUUUUAUAUAUAAUAACAUUAUGCGUUAAAAAUUUUACGAAUUAUAUACAAUGUUGUGCAAUGUUUAUAUUGCUCAUUUUUUAUAGAUGUUUAAUUUACAACAAUAAAUAGAAAAAAAUAUAUGUUUAAUUUGCAUAUUAAAUUAGAUCGUAGAUCAAUAGAGAAAUAUUACCCUUAAAAAAAAAUAAAAUAAAAAAACAACACGAAGUGAUUCGAACUCGAGGGAUUCUACUCGAUUCGGGAAAAAAACUUGACCUAGGAUCUUGUGAAUAUAAUUAGCGAGGUCACGCAAAAGUUACCCCAGUUUCACUUAAGAAUAUCUUCGAAAGAAGAUGGUCGUUUUUUCGAUCAAAAAUUCUUUAAUAAUAAAUCAAUCUGAUAUAUACAUAAAUCAUUUCAUUAAAUAUCUCAUUGUAUUUCUUACAAGCUAUAUUAAACUAAUUAAAAACAAAAACUUCAUUCGCACGAAACUAUAAUUAUCGAAUAUUACAAAAUGUUGUAUCAAGUUCAUAAAAGAAUUUCUAAUCUUUCGAAUUUUCAACAGAAGCUCUUUAUUACUACGAAGCUUUUAAGAAAAUCGAUUGGGGUCUUAGAUUCAUAAAAAUUGAUAUACAUAUACACACAAACACACACACAUAUAUCGUUGUCGUCCAUA